ACACAAAGCAUGAAUGUCAGCAUGCUUGGUACAACUCCUCCUUCAGUUAUUCAAUCUCUCGCCGUUCCUAUCCAAGCCUCAGCAAUGAUUCCUCUCAAGCAAGCAAACGGUACUCCAUCGUGAGUUCCAACCCUCGGCUAUGCUUCAGCAACUACAAGGCAGAGCACAGAGAGAUGAUUCCCAACUUGCUACUGGGACUAAUUACCAAGGAAACAUCUAUACUGAGUCUUUCCUCUCUCAGGUUGGUGGACUUCCAGAUGAGGAGAAUGCGAGUCUUUAUAUCACGAAUCUCUCAUCAGGGGAUUACAAAGCAUUCUUUGAUUUGAUUUACGAAGGAGCUGUAUACUCUCUGCACUUCGUUCCCCCGAGUGACGGAUAUGCUACAUGGGCCGCUGAUUUGACAUUCAUGUCACCUCAAGCCGCAGGUGCCUUCUUCAACAGAGCCAAUAAUGGCCAGAUUCUCUAUCAUCUUGGAAAGAGACUCAGGGUGAUGCGAAAUCGUGUCGGUCGCCGUGCUCAAAAUAUCCCUGAAACUAGGGUUCUCCUCAUCGACGUUCCAGCAUGGUUGGUUACAUGGCCAAACAUGAAGGCGCAUUUCGAUGCUGCGUGUGUCUAUGGCUUGGAUCGAUGGAGUCUUGGGGCAAGUCCGGACCCUUCUCUGGUGCGCAUGGAGGUUAGGUUUGCUCGAGUCAACGGGCAAGCUCAAAGCUGCAAGCAAAAGCUAGACUGGUAUCCAGCACAUCAAGGAGUGUUGUUCACGCAGUACGGACCCGAUCCGUGUGAUCCUAGGACCAGAGUUUAAGCGUAACGCGCAUCCAUUUCAAAUCGGAGGUUAAGAACAUGUGGCAGAGAGUAUCGAUGGGUGUGGCAUGAUCCGGAAUUGGGGAAGACUUAGGUAACGAGUAUCAUGGCGAAUUUUUUCACUUGAUUUUUUUUAAUCUUGACGCCUUGAGCUGCAGCGGAGGACUUUUGGGACAGCCCAGGGGAGUUGGAUUCUUAGUGCUAGGAAAAUACGGUCUUGGAUACAAG